AUCAAGUUCAUCAACAACCAACGAACCACUUCAACUUCCUGAUGGAGUUUUCCAUAUGGAGUGUCGUGACCGUUAUUUCAUGACUGCUGUCGAUCUGUCCUUCACUGGGCGGGAUCCUCAGUUUGGUGCUGUUGACGGGACAGGUGCGUUUCCUGUCGUUGGACAGUACGCAUCAGAAUGUGGAUACACAGUCACUGUUCUUCCUCUGCAGAACCGUGUGGAGCUCCGAGCCUCGUACUUCAGCUGUCACACCCACAACAAAGAUGACAAAGUAUUCACGUUCAGCUUCUACCUCAUUGCGACACACGGACGAAAAAGGGGACAGGAAGUCACUUACACUUUCACCAAAACCUGUUCUCCAGCUCUGCCCUGGUCUCCCAGAGAGGUCACUUGUGAAGAAAACUACAUGGAAGUGUCUGUGAAGAGUGACGUGACUUGUGGGUUAAAGACAGACUUCUGGAGUACAACUGUCCAAUCUGCGUAUAGAUCAGCUUCAGUCUGGACAGUGAGAUUCCAGAAGGCAGGGCAGCAGGCGACAACCAUGAACCUACAGGAAGCUCGUACCCAGGGUUAUGUGUUCAACGUGGCACAUGGAAGGAUUGUGUUUCGAACGCCCUAUGGACAACCUGACUCGGACAGCAUCAUGGUGAAUGAUGUUCCAGUAGAGGUCAUCCAGGCUACUCUAUUCUCCAGACAAAGCUGGGUCGUUCUAAUGGUCGACCUGGUCAUCGCCUGCUCAAUGUAUCAAGGUUCAUAUGAGGACGGAGGAUACAUGACAUGGGAGACUCCUGAGACACCGUUCCCUGGACUGAAUGCCAAACAGAUCAGUGUUGGACUCAGUGGUGAACUUAUGGAGCAGCCAGUCGCAGAGAGCAGGGGUUACAUCAUAGAGAAACGCAACAACACAGUCCGGAUCGUCAUCCCCUACAGCGCAGAAGGACGUCACAGGACGAGCGUUAUGAUCGGUGACCUCUUUGAGUUCUUCAUCUUUCAUCUCUAUAUGGAGCAAAUCUCAGUGGACAAGGAUAAAGUGGAGACCAGACUCCGCCACCACAGGGCAUUGACUACUGGCCUGUUGAGACACCCUGUCAUCACUGACAACCGAACUGUUGUAGAGGAUCGCAUCUUCACCAUCUACCUCGGUGACAUCCCUGAAGAUGUAAAUUUGGUUGGUCUUGAACUGAACGGACAACUGUUUACGGCGCCUUUUACAAAUACGAGCACCUGUGAAGUGGGAGAAGAGGUUCAUCCUGACACCACCCACGGCUUCACUCUGAAGGUGUCGUUUGACGACCCCUGUGUCAUUCAACAGUUUUCCACAGAAGAUGCAGUUGUUCAGUAUCAGCUGGAUGUGAACUACACACUGACUAUUGUACCUGACGAUGAACCGUUUUACCACGUGGCCUCUUUCGUGGCUGUUUGGACUGAUUUGACUCCUCCGGCCUUCGAUGCGUUCUGUUCUGAGACCGGCAUCGUCUUCAGACUGGACCGCCGGUCUCUGGACCACAAGUGGGAGGUGGUCAUCGGCUCAGACCCUCUGACGUCGGACCUGGCCAACCAGUACGGCUACAUCAUGAGCAACGACGGCAACGAUCUGCUGCUGGAGGCGCCGCUCUUCACUCAGGGCUACGAAUACAAGAAUAUAACUUUGGAAGGAUUCAAUGGCACAUUUGAGAUUUAUGUGCGAGAUCGAGAAACGUCAAAUAUCCAGAGUUCGACUGUCAAGACGUGUCCAUUCACUGCAGAAGAGCUCAUUGUGUGUUCAACUGAUGGGAUGAUGACCGUGGUCGCUGACCUGUCUUUGGCCGUUCCAAGUGGAGGGGUCCCGGCCAGUACCAACCUCCUGGACAAAAACUGUGGACCCAGAGAGGCAGACGACACCAGGGCUCUGUUCUCUUUUCCGGUCAACACCUGUGGAUCUGUAGUGAAGCUCAGCCACGGACAUGUGACCUAUGAAAAUAGGAUUCUGUUCGACCCAGAGUUAUUGCCUGUUACAACCAACACUAGCACUGAUAUUGACAGGGUGACGGUCCAGUGCGCAUAUCCCAUUGCUGAUCUUCAUCGCCUCUUCUCAAUGUUCCGGUUUGAGGCUGAUACAACUGUAGUUGGACAAAUCAGUCAUUCAGCAAAAUUGAAAGAGCGAGAGACGACAACAAUUGAAGCAGCCAUCGAACCAACCACAGCGCUUCAUACUCCACUCCCUGCUACUCCACAGACUACAGGACUCAUUGCAGUACGAGCUGCUCGUCAUCCUCCUGUCCGUUACGUCAAAGUGCUCAGCUCUUUACAUAACACUGCAAAGAAAAGUCAGUUCAGCUCAAAGGAUGAACUCCCAAUGGGCCCCUUGAUGCAGCUGCAUGAGCAGGCUGCCCUCCAGAGUUCCCUCCAGUACAAACAGUGGAAAUGCCACAGUCUGGAUUAUCAGGGGAUGCUUCUGCAACUCAUAGUAUUACACUCUGCCCAGCGUGAGGACGUCCUGCUGAGGCUUCUUCAAAGCAAAGACAUGGAUGAUCUGGACGGACACGAACAAAGCCAGAAGUCAUGA